GCGCGACCAGCAGCGCGCGGCGCCGCCAUGUCAGUACCGGGGCCCUGCGAGGGGGUGGAACGGCGGGGAAACGGGGCUCUGCCCCAUAGCGCCCCGUUCGGGCUUUGACCCGGCCUGGCAGCUGAAGGGGGAAGCCCCUGGCCCUGCCCCAUAGCGCCCCGUUCGGGCUGUGACCCGGCCUGGCAACUGGGGGGGGGGGAAGCCCCUGGCCCUGCCCCAUAGCGCCCCGUUCGGGCUGUGACCCGGCCUGGCAGCUGGGGGGGAAGCCCCUGGCCCUGCCCCAUAGCGCCCCGUUCGGGCUGUGACCCGGCCUGGCAGCUGGGGGGGGGAAGCCCCUGGCCCUGCCCAUAGCGCCCCGUUCGGGCUGUGACCCGGCCUGGCAGCUGGGGGGAAGCCCCUGGCCCUGUCCCAUAGCGCCCCGUUCGGGCUGUGACCGAGCCUGGCAGCUGGGGGGGGAGCCCCUGGCCCUGCCCCAUAGCGCCCCGUUCGGGCUGUGACCGAGCCUGGCAGCUGGGGGGGGGAGCCCCUGGCCCUGCCCCAUAGCGCCCCGUUCGGGCUGUGACCCGGCCUGGCAGCUGGGGGGGGAAGCCCCUGGCCCUGCCCCAUAGCGCCCCGUUCGGGCUGUGACCGGGCCUGGCAGCUGGGGGGGAAGCCCCUGGCCCUGCCCCAUAGCGCCCCGUUCGGGCUGUGACCCGGCCUGGCAGCUGGGGGGGAGCCCCUGGCUCUGCCUCAUAGCGCCCCGUUCGGGCUGUGACCCGGCCUGGCAGCUGCGGGGGGAGCCCCUGGCUCUGCCCCAUAGCUCCCCCUUUCGGGCUGUGACCCGGCUUGGCAGCUGGCGGGGAGCCCCUGGCCCUGCCCCAUAGCGCCCCGUUCGGGAUGUGACCCGGGCUGGCAGCUGGGGGGGAGCCCCUGGCUCUGCCCCAUAGCUCCCCGUUCGGGCUGUGACCCGGCUUGGCAGCUGGGGGGAAGCCCCUGGCCCUGCCCCAUAGCGCCCCAUUUGGGCUGUGACCCGGCUUGGCAGUUGGGGGGGAGCCCCUGGCCCUACCCCAUAGCGCCCCGUUUGGGCUGUGACCAGGCCCAGCAGUUGGGGACUGAACCCACAGGCAUGCUUGGGGUGGUUCUGUCUCCCUGCACCGUCUAGAUGGUGGGUCUAGUGACCCACUGGAUCUCAGACAAAAGAACCCCUGUCUGUACUGGGCAGGGAAACCCCAUAUUUACCCAGAGCUCUUGCUAGUGCUCAGCCAACAGCGUCAGUGGGUAGGGCCCUGCCCUGCACCUGAGCUGUUCCGGGUGGUAAAUGCAGGAAGCUUGGCCAGCCCAUGUCCGUGGAAGCCACGACGGGGACACGGUGGUGAGAGCCCCCGAAGGGUGUGAACGCCCAGGGCUGUGCCAGUCGUGCUCUGGGGCCUGGUUCUCCUUUACGCCCCAGGUAGUUCUUUGUGCCAGUGCACAGAGGGUGCCGAGCGCCACCCGGUCACGAUGAGGGAGUUUCGCCCACACUUUGUCCUGGCUUAAAUGGCUGCACAGGGCAAUGAGGAAUCAGGUGCCCUUUGUGCCAGCGAGGUUGAUGCCAAGGGGCUCUGCCAGGCAGGCGUCAGCCCCUGGGGAAUAGCCCUGGCCUUUACACCUCGUCUGCAGCAGCUCUGGGCACAGGGGCCAUCCUGGGGGGAAGGGCUAGAGGAAGGGAGCAGAUGGGGGUGGGAUGAGGUGGAGCUGGAUUUGCACCGUGGUGAUUCUGCACCCCUGCAAACCCCAUAGGGCUCACUGAGGUAGGGGCACAAUGUCGGGCAGCUCUUGGGGCCCUGCUUCCCUCAUACCUUGAGUAGGGGAGGCUGCAGCUUCUUGGGCCAGGUGCAGGGAGGGAUCUGAUCCAAAGACGGAGAAUUAGGACGAACCUCUGGAGCAGGGGAGCUGAAUGGCAGGUACGAUGCCCUGGAAGUGGAGCUGUACUUGCUGUGGAGGGGUCUCUCCACCCCUACAGGAGUAAGGGGGAGCCCUGGUGGCUGACCCACUCCCCCCCAGGAUGGGAGCCCCAUAGCUCUGUCUGACCCUGGGAGCAACCCCCUCGUCCGCCUCUAAUUUCUGUUCCAGUGCCAGGGAAUGUUUGCAGGGGGCAGCUGGGCCCCCUUCUCUCCAGGACACUGCAGGGGUUUGUCCGCGUGCCCAGGCGUGUGUCCACACUGCCCCAGGCUGCACAGACACAGCCCACCUCUGUGCUCUGAGCCAUGUAAACACCGCCCCUCCCCCGCGGGUGCCCGUUGGGACCCCGGCAGGGUGAGCUUCUCCCUGGCUGUGCCGUGUGGGUGCCAGCUGGGACCCUGGCCAGCUGUUGGCGCAAGAUGACCCAUAGCACAUACUGAACCCUUGGAAGACUGGGUGUGCUCCAGGCUGGAUUUGCCUCUGGGAGUUUCUCUUCCUCCCCUGGGGCCUGGUGUCUCCCUGCCCCGCCGCAAUCUGCCCAAGGCCAGUGGGAAUGGCCUGUUGCGGUGAUCGUUGGAAUUCCAGCAGCAGGGUUGCAUCUGGCUGUGUGCACCCGCCCAGGUGUGUCGUGGCUUCGGGGAGCGGUGCUGGCUCUCUGUGACUUGCAAAGCUUUGCCUGCUUGGUCUCCCAUCAGUGGGAAGAAUGGGCUCGGUUUCGGAGCUGCUCACGGCAGUUCCCCUUCACCAGAGGCCGGAUCUGGUGGAGGUCUGCGCUGAGCUCAUCAACGAAGAGUGGAAGAAAAGCAAGACCUCUCGCAUGUACUCACUCCAGAAGUCCACAGACAACUUCCCCAUGUGUCUGGUGCUGAUUAGAACCCAGAGGGACACAGAGGCUGCCGAGGAAGGGAAGAUGGCAAAGACCCAGCUCCUUGGGCACGCCAGGUUAUCCCGCGUUGUCAGCCAGCCCGAGAGCUUGUUUGUGGAAACGGUUGUGGUCUCCAGGGCGCUGCGGGGUCAGGGGUACGGCCGGAAGCUGAUGGAAGCCACCGAGAGCUACGCCAAGUCCCGUGGCUUCAGGCACCUGCAUCUCACCACACAUGACAAGCAGCACUUCUAUGCCCACUUGGGCUACACUGCAUCUGAGCCGGUGCAGAGCAUGGGGUUCAUGAGCUCUGUGGUCCCCAUGGAGUUCCUGCAGAUGCUCUCCAGCCCCCCUCCUCACACUAGAGCACCUGCUUGGGGACCGGGAAAGCCCAGUCCCACCGCCUCCCAUCUUAACAGCAGAACUUCAGGAGCCAACCCGCCUCCACUACCGUCCUCCACACCCCCUGCCCACUGCACCGCCACUGUGUGCCCACCACCACCUCUGCCACCGUUGCCGUCAUCUCUGUCUCCACCGAUCUGCUCUUUAAACUCCUCACAAUCUGCCAUUCCCCCUCCACUCCCCUUGCCACCUUCACCUCCCCAUGGUUCCCCUUUCCAUUGCAGGAUCGCUGCUGCGGGGCUGCCUCCACCUCCCCCUUUACCUCCACCAGCUGCCCAUGUAAGCUCUGCACACCUUCUGCCCCCUCCCCCUGGUCCUCCACCAUGCCACCUCCCUCUGCUAGGCCAACCAGUUUUUCCUGGCCCCAUCGCCUCCAGUUCACCAGGGGAGGAUCCCUAUGGUCAGACCCUGCUGGAGACACCGUACCGCGACCUCAGAGGGCUCCCCAUCUUCUGGAUGAAGAAGGACAUUUGAUUCCUGCACAAUGUGCUAAUGGGAUGCUGAUUAAAAGUUGGGGUUGGGGAGAACUCCCCUGCCCCCGCCUUACCCACUG